AUGGCUGCGGAAGAAGAGGAGGAGGUGGAGUGGGUGGUGGAGAGCAUCGCGGGCUUCCUUCGGGGCCCGGACUGGUCCAUCCCCAUCUUGGACUUUGUGGAGCAGAAAUGUGAAGUUGACUGCAAAAAUGGGUCUGUAGUCUGUCCUGGAGAAGGUGAAUUUUUGUACACUAUUUUUCUUUUAAAUUUAGUCUUUGAUGAUGAAGAAGAAAGUAAAUUGACCUAUACAGAGAUUCAUCAGGAAUACAAAGAACUGGUUGAAAAGCUGCUAGAAAGUUACCUCAAAGAGAUUGGAAUUAAUGAAGACCAGUUCCAGGAAGCAUGCACUUCUCCUCUUGCGAAGACUCGUACAUCACAGGCCAUCUUGCAGCCUGUGUUGGCAGCAGAAGAUUUCAGCAUCUUUAAAGCCAUGAUGGUCCAGAAAAACAUUGAAAUGCAGCUGCAAGCCAUUCGGAUAAUUCAGGAGAGAAACGGUGUGUUACCUGACUGUCUAACAGAUGGUUCUGAUGUGGUUAGUGACCUCGAACAGGAAGAGAUGAAAAUCCUGAGAGAAGUUCUUAGAAAAUCAAAGGAGGAAUAUGACCUGGAGGAAGAGAGGAAGAGAAAAAACCAGUUACCAGAAGCUAAGACAGACGAGCCUGCAGCGAAUGCUGACGAAGCUACAAGAGCGGAUCAUUUGCUGAGGGAUGGGGAGCACUGUGCACACCCAGCCUCAGAAGGUCAAGUGCAUUUUGCUAGUCAACCAGUACAGCCCACGACGACGAGAGAGACGGAGAUGCUGCCUGAAACGUCAUCCCUCCCCCAGAGAGACGUGAAGGUGCCUGGCUGGGAGCAUGUGAGCAGGGAAGGACCUAUAGCUAACUUAGCAGCACUUGGAACAGAAGAGCUGCGGCAGCGAGAACAGUAUCUCAAGGAGAAGCGGGACAAGCUGAUGUCCAUGAGGAAGGAUCUGAGGACCAAGCAGACACAGAGUAUUGAGGCGAGAGAGAAACCUGCCGUGGAGGGAAAGGAAAUGACAGAGAAACCAGAAAUGACAGCAGAGGAGAAGCAGACCUUACUAAAGAGGAGAUUGCUUGCAGAGAAGCUUAAAGAAGAAGUUAUAAACAAGUGA